GGCAUUGCCCGACGGACAGACCCAACUUUCUUCUCGCAGUAACCGUUGUGAGAGUCUUCUUCCCAAUGGCGGCUUGUUACUGUGCUGCCUCUCCUCAACUUCGUCUUCUUCGCCACCCCGUGACGUCUCCUUCUGCACUCGUCCCUUCAUCUUCUCUCUCUACUGUCACUCCACCCUCUUCUCCUCUUUCUUUAGCCCACAGAAGAAUCAUAUACAGAAACAGAUACAAACCCUUUUCCUCAUUCUCAUCCUCAUCCACUCGAUUGGUGUCGGUGACCGCCUCAAGGAAGAGUAACGAUGUUACAAAAAUAGAGAAACAGGAAGAAGUAGCAGAAGUUGAAGAGGAAGAGGAUGUGCCGUGGAUACAGGAGAAGGCGCUGGACUUGGUGGAGUUCACGGGCUCCGUCACGCAGGCCAUUCCGGGGCCCAGAGUCGGCAGCAGCUCCUUGCCUUGGAUUCUCGCCGUCCCCAUGGCUUAUAUUGGCAUUACCUUCGUCAUGUCAUUCGUCAAGACCGUCCGCAAGUUCAAUUCACCCAAGGAAUUACGCCGCAAAUUGGUUAAUAAAAAUGUGGUUCUAUGCAAAUCAAUCGAUGCAUUAUUUGAAGAAGGAAGAGAUGCAGUGCAACAAUCAGCUUUGAAGGGACUAAUGCAAAAGACAGGUUUUAAUAUGGAGGAGAUUUUACGCAAGUACAUUCGGUAUGCACUGAAUGAAAAGCCCUUUAACCCAGACUUGGUUGCAAACUUGAUCCAGCUCAGGAAAGCAUCUAUGCUGGAUGACUCUCAAGUUACCGAAAUACUAAAUGAAAUUUCAAGGCGGAUUGUGAAAGACAAAGGUCCAGUAGUCAUGGAUAUGUCAGGCUAUUCUGAAAAGGGUUUCAAGAGAAAACUUGCUGUGCAAGCUCUUUUUGGCAAGGUUUAUUAUUUAUCCGAGCUGCCAGAGUUCUGUUCAAGGGAUAACUCAUUGAUUGUAAAAGAAAUAUUCGGGGUUGCAGAUGAAGACGCGGACAAGCUUCGGACACACACUCUCUCAGAAGCUGGGGAUAUGGAUUCACUUGAGAAGAUGGUUGGGGAUUCAGAUGUAGAAGAUUCGGGUGAUGGCCCGUCCAAUGCUUCAUGAUUACAUGCAUCAAGUGCACGGUGUUUCGCUUUAGAAAAUGGCUGGGGAGUUUACCCAAUUGGAAAUUGCCAGCACCAAUAGUUACACACUAUACAUGUUCUUAGACCAUGUUUUUGUUGCAACAAUUUUUAUUUUCAUAGUUUUGUUCGAGGAUCAGUUCAUAGAAUAAUUUUGGCAUGUAGUAUCUUCAUAUUUUUGUGUUCAUUGCCUUUUUUUUUUUUUUGGGUCCCCUUGAAAAUUGGUUUUGCCAAGCCCUAUGUCAUCUGAAAUGUUGAAACUGUUAUAGGCAGGUUGCAUCACUUUUUUUUCUUA